CAAUUCAAACGCUUGUGGAUUAACAAUAAACUGAGUGGCAAUCAAUAUGAAGUUCGUCAUUGUAGCCGUUGCCUUCCUGGCAUUCGCCAGCGCUGAUGUCUCCCAUUUGGGUUACAACUAUCAGGCGCCCGCUCCCGUGGCCGCCGCUCCAGUGCACUAUGAGGCACCCGCUCCAGUGCACUUCGAGGCUCCAGCUCCCGUUCAUGUAGAGGCUCCAGUCAACUCCUACAUCCCACCUCAGCAGCAGCAGCAGGUGUACCAGCAGGCCGCUCCUGCUCCAGUUCACAUUGAGGCACCCGCUCCAGUCUACCACCCAGCUCCAGUCUACCAGUCUGCCCCUGCCCCAGUGCAUGUGGAGGCUCCAGUCAACUCUUACAUUCCUCCCGCACCCGUGCACCAUCAUGUGUCCGCCCCAGCUCCAGUCCACUUUGAGGCACCCGCUCCAGUCUAUCACUCUGCACCCGCUCCAGUGCACGUUGAGGCUCCAGCUCAGGUUUACCAGCCAGCUCCCGCCCCCGUUCAUGUUGAGGCUCCAGUCAACUCCUACAUCCCACCCGUGCACCAACAUCAUGUUGCCGCUCCCGCUCCAGUCUACCAGCCUGCCCCCGCCCCAGUCUACCACUCUGCUCCCGCUCCCGUCCUCAGCUCCCAGCAGGCGAUCGAGGAGAUUGAGCAGCCCUCAGCCGAUGGCUACCGCUACAAGACUGUGCGUCGUCGCGUCUACCGCCGCAACCGCCUGUAAAUAUUUCCCCUAGGCCCCUAUCGCUACCUAAUGAAUUUCCCUUGAUAUUUCUUAUAGAAAAAUAAUAAAAUACAGAA